GCGUAAAGUCGGAACAUAACAGUCGUGUGUGUGCGUCCGUGGAGAAUGUAAGGUGUGCGAGAGUGUUUGGCGAGCGGUGCGUGUGUACGAUGUGGCGCGGCGCCUCGGCACCCUUGUCUCUUCCACCCCCGACGCCCGAAAGCUCCCAACACCCCCGCCUGCACCCUUGAUGCUCGCGACGCCGGCCGUUUACGUUAUCGAACGAAUGCGCGCGCAUUGAAUUUUGCGCGAGGGGCGUUCGUCUUGACUGGCGGAUACCAAACCACACCAACACGACGGUUUGACAGAAGUUGCAGCUCUCCUGAGGAGCGCCCUCGAGGCUAUCAUCGGCAUCGUAUUCGGCAAAGUGUCGUAGUCGACGUGAUUGACCGAGAUAUUGGUCACUUCGAAAAUACACGGCGAUACCCCAAACGGUCCUUGCUUCGGCGGUCGGUCCGAACAAUCGCCGCAGAAUAUGUCGCAGAGAUAUUUCUUGGCGCGAAUUCAUACACGUACGCUGUGAUAGUGCUGAGUUUGGCUGUAUUAACACUGUGCGAUGGAUAUUAGAAAAGCGAACCGUCGAACCGAGUCAACGAAAUGAUACUCGAAUAAAAGAUAAAAAAAAACACAAAAACAAAACAAAAACAAAACUCUCGGUAUACACCGGACACGGGCGUUGGUGCAAGAGCAAUCUUGAAAAUAAAAGAUGGACUUUCUCGCAUGACCGCAUCCCGCAGCUCCUGACGAUCGACCAACCGUGUCACAAUAGUAAACAAGUGCAGUGCUUCGACGACGCGCCAUAACAGGUGAACCGUACAGGUAGAGAGCGGAGCAAGUAGUAGGGAAAUCGAAUGCACAACAAAUAGAGAAUCUGGAAUUAAAAACCGAAUCACUGUCAUCGAGCAUCGAGAUCCUCGCUGGGAAACGGGAGGAGGAUAGGAGGAGGAACUACGGAGUGGAAAAAGAACGAACGAAGAAGCAAUCGAUCGGUCCUCGCCAUUUUGCUGGCGUUAUACUCGUCGCGGUUGUCCGCGGUGCAUCGUCCCCUUGGAAGAAGGGUCGCGACAAGGAGGAGCGCCUUCGCUCCCGAGGUUGCCAAGACCAAGACGAGGGGCCUACGGUUUCGCUGGGGGUUUUAGGGUAUUGAUCGUCCUCGAGGAGGGUGCCGUGUUGCGGUGCAGGGCGGCCAUAUUAAGUGCCCGAAGCUCAAGACCGAAGGCAGGCUGGGCGGUAGGCUGAGCGAGGUGGUGGGUCCCGCCGUGGAGGAGGCCAUUGAGCCCUGGGAUGCACCCUCGCUGACGGGACCCAGCGGGACUUCCACGCCGAGGCAGGCGUCACCUCCUCCGCCGUCACCCCCGUUGCCACGCACCCCGUCGUCGCCGAGUCCUCCGCGACCUCCGCGACCUCCGCCACCCCCUCCCCCGCCCCAACAGCAGACCCAAGUGCUCGUACCCUUUCGGCCGAAACUCGUGCCCGCCAGGGCCCAAACGAAAAAAAUGGGCACCGUGUUGUCGUUCAGUCCGCGGGACCGCCGGGGCUCGGGAUACCCCACCGCGGCUCAUCAGCAUCCCACCGAUUUUGCCUUGAAUAACUUUAAUUACGAACAACUGAACAACGCGAAGAAUCGGGAGAACAAGGGUACCUCGUCGGUGGCCCCCGCCCCCACGAAUCAGCCGAACAAUAAUUCGUUACAGAACAAUAACAUCAAUCUGAACAACGACAACGCGAGAAUUAUAUCGGAGAAAAAUGCCCUCGAUAAAAACUUGAAGAAACACUCGCUGUUCAUCAACGCCUUGUCGUGGAAACGGUUCAGCACAACCAACAACAACAAGAAGAAACUCGACAACAAAAAUAAGAACAUUACCUUCAGACAACCUCUAGACAAUAUUCCAAUCGUUGACAAAAACAAGAACAUACAGACGCCACAGAUAAAAGUACCAGUCUCCAAUAACAACCACACGACGCACAAUCCGACCUGUGAAAAAUUGGUGCAAAAACCUCUGCCACCCGGACCAAGAAAGACUGUAAUCCAGGCGUCGACUUCGGAGCUGCUCAAGUGCCUCGGUGCAUACCUACACGGAAAAUGUACGCGGUUGCGCGAUUUCCAGGUUGACGACGCGGUCGUUUGGUUGAGGAAGGUCGACCGGACUUUACUUCUCCAAGGAUGGCAGGAUGUUGCCUUCAUCAACCCCGCGAACGUUGUGUUCGUGUACAUGUUGGUGCGAGAAUUGGUCGACGGCGAAGAGGCGUCGGAAAAAGAGCUUCAGGCUACCGUAUUGACGUGCCUCUAUCUGAGCUACAGUUACAUGGGUAACGAGAUAAGCUACCCCCUGAAACCGUUCCUCAUCGAGGACAACAAGGACAAAUUCUGGGACAGAUGUCUCCUAAUCGUUAAUCGACUCAGCGCUAAGAUGCUCCGCAUCAACAGCGAGCCCGGUUUCUUCACGGAAAUAUUCACCGAACUCAAGGCCUGCGGAACCGGAGAGCGAGGGACCUUGCCUGGGAGCGGUUUGGAACGGAGUCUCGUCGUCUCCGGAAUCGCCGUCCCAACCAAGGCAGCUUGACGGAGUUACACACACCUGUUGGUGCGCAUCGCCAGGCACGGCUG